GGAAAAUGAAGGAGCGCUUGGGAUUGACGGAGAUCCGCAAGCAGGCGAACCGCAUGAGCUUCGGAGAGAUUGAGGAAGACGCCUACCAGGAAGACCUGGGAUUCAGCCUGGGCCACCUGGGCAAGGCGGGAAGCGGCCGCGUGCGGCAGACGCAGGUGAACGAGGCCACCAAGGCGCGCAUCUCCAAGACGCUGCAGCGGACGCUCCAGAAGCAGAGCGUGGUGUACGGCGGCAAGUCGACGAUCCGGGACCGCGCGUCGGGAACGGCGUCCAGCGUGGCCUUCACCCCGCUGCAGGGGCUGGAGAUCGUCAACCCGCAGGCGGCGGAGAAGAAGGUGGCCGAGGCCAACCAGAAGUAUUUCUCCAGCAUGGCGGAAUUCCUCAAGGUGAAGGGCGAGAGGAGCGGGAUCCUCGGCGAUUCCUGAGCCCCGCCGCUUCCCGCGGGAUUUGCCCGAGGGGUUCCAGAGGGGGCGGGGCCGGUUUCCCAGCCGGGAUGGCCCCGCCCCGGAUCCUCGGCGCCUGGAUGGGAAUUGGGAGUUUUCCCGCCGUUUCGUGGCCGGCUCUGGAAUGCCGGGAUGGACUCUGGAAU